AGGCCGACUUUCCAGUACGCGGCUCGUGUGCACGAGGUAAACACGGCUCCUAUGGAAAUUUGAAUGGGAUAAUACGCGGCGAACCUCUCUCUCUCUCUUUGGUCACCAUGUACGGUUUUGUGAAUUACGCCCUCGAGCUGCUGUUUGUGGAGUCGUUCGGCAGCGAGUGGUGGGAGGCGAUAAAGAAAGAUGCGGCGGUUAAUAUGGAGGGCCAAUUCCUGGUGCGGCAGAUCUACGACGACGAGAUCACGUACAACAUUAUAUCGGCGGCCGCGAAACUGCUCGAUAUGCCGGCCAACGAGAUCCUCGAGCAGUUUGGCCGAAUGUUCUUCGAGUUCUGCCAGGACUCCGGCUAUGACAAGAUCCUGCAGGUGCUCGGGGCAACGCCCUGGGACUUUUUGCAGAAUUUGGACGCCCUUCACGACCAUUUAGGCACUUUGUACCCGGGAAUGAGGGCGCCCUCCUUCCGAUGCACCGAGAGGCCAGAAGACGGGGCGCUCAUAUUACAUUAUUACUCUGACCGACCUGGUUUGGAGCACAUCGUCAUCGGCAUCGUUAAGGCGGUGGCGGAAAAGCUGCACAACACGGACAUAGAGAUGCGGAUACUGAAGACGAAAAACGAGUGUGACCACGUGCAAUUCAUGAUAACGAACACAUCCGGCUCCGGCGUCGUCUCGAAUCCCAUGAUCGCCGAGCUGGAGACUUUGUCCGUGGAACCGAAAGUGAGCCCCAUGACGUUCUGCCAAGUUUUCCCAUUCCAUCUGAUGUUCAACAGGGACCUCGACAUCGUUCAGACCGGAUGCACCAUCACCCGCGUCAUCCCCCAAGUGUGCUCCGGUAAUUGCAAGCUGAACGACAUCCUUUGGACAGUCCGACCACACUUAGAGCUAACAUUCGAGAACAUAUUGUCGCACAUAAACACGGUGUACGUGCUGCGAACGAAGGACGGAGUGACACGAGUGAACACGUCCAAGAAGCAUCCGUAUCUGCGCCUAAAAGGACAAAUGUUGUACAUACCGGAGUCGGAUCUCGUCAUCUUCCUUUGCUACCCCAGCGUCAUGAAUUUGGACGACUUAACCAGGUGGGGACUGUACUUGAGCGACAUCCCCCUUCACGACGCCACCAGAGAUCUCGUGCUGAUGUCGGAGCGGUUCGAGGCUGAUUACAAAUUAACGGUGAACUUGGAGCUUCUUACCGAUAAAUUGCAGCAGACGUAUCGCGAGCUGGACAGCGAGAAGAAGAAGACCGACAGCCUGCUGUACUCGGUGCUGCCAGUCUCCGUGGCAAAGGAACUCCGGCAUUCGAGGCCGGUCCCAGCGAAGAAGUACGAUUGUGUGACGCUAUUGUUCUCCGGGAUCGUCGGUUUUGGGGAUUAUUGCGCGGCGCACACUGACUCCAACGGUGCAAUGAAGAUCGUCAACAUGCUCAAUCAACUGUACACAGCGUUCGACGUGUUAACCGACCCGGAGAAAUAUCCGGACGUGUACAAGGUCGAAACUGUUGGUGACAAAUACAUGGCCGUGAGCGGAUUACCGGAACCAUGUAGUUGCCAUGCACGAUGCAUCGCCCGGCUGGCGCUGGAUAUGAUGGAUCUCGCCACGGAGGAAGUGCAGAUCGAUGGCGAGCCCGUGAAAAUCACCAUCGGGAUCCAUAGCGGCGAGGUCGUAACCGGAGUAAUUGGCCACCGCAUGCCCCGUUAUUGCCUGUUCGGAAACACCGUCAAUCUGACCAGCCGGACCGAGACCACCGGCGAGCCGGGAAAAAUAAAUGUCUCCGAGGAUGCCUACAGGUACCUGUGCAUGCCUGAGAACCACGACCCGCAAUUUCUGCUGGAGUACAGAGGACCGGUGACCAUGAAGGGCAAGUCGGAGCCGAUGAACGUAUGGUUCCUGUCCAGGGAUUUCGAGCUGGCCGCGUAAAUCUGCUGCGACGGAUUCUUCAGACUCUAACGCCGGCUCUCGGCGAGCGUUCGGAUUUUUAUGGUCCCGGUACACACCGUAACGAAAAAAUUGUACGCGCGACACAGCCGAUUGUACCGCGCGCGGCGAACGUAUUUCCAACGAGAACGGGACGCGUCACACGAACCAUUCGAGAACCCCGAUUUUGUAAAUCCUACUUUCGCCGUGAACAUGAUCGACGCGUCGACUGGAUCGGGAAACUUGAAUGAAAGACGAAAGAUGUGAAAGAUCGCGGAUGUCUCGCGAAAUCAAAGCGGAAAGAGCGGGUCGGCCGGUAAAUUACCGCUCCAUGUUCGAAACCGAGAUAACGAACGGUUUUUAUCGGUAGCAUAACUGAACGCGCGACUAUUACUUCGAAAUAUAGUUCGCGAACAUCUGCAAGCGCUCGUUAUAACGGGGAACCAAUUUACAGAUUGCAUCCGCGAUGAGUUUACGUCCGAUUCGCCGACGCCGCUUUUAAGGUCGCAUCUUUCGCUUCAUCAUCCGUCCUGAUACGAUUACCAGCCAAAUCUCUCCCCGCGGCCAUUCGCGAAUGCUUUGUAGCGUUUAAUGAUCGUCCGACGACUUGCAACAGUUCGUUCGUACACGCGCGCACCGCUUACGCGGAAAAUUGGUCGACGAGAAUAGCGUGCUCGAUCCGGAACAAUCGUGCGAGGAGUCUCCGAUCUGGACGCGGUUCUUGCGCGGCGAUCCGUGCUCGCAAUAUUGUAGCAAACAACGGAAAUGUUAUCUCUUUCGAACAGGAGAGGGUAGUUUACUUGUUGAUGGAAAUUCGUCGUUUGCGAAGAAUAAAGCGUCAAUCGGAAGGUUCGGUUUAAUCAUUAGACUGCUGGUUUUUCGUUUGCAAUUUUCGUGACACUGUCUUAAUUCCAACAAUAAUUUCGUAUCUCUUAGUUUCGAGGCUUUGUGAGCCGCAAAUGCGUGAAAAUUCGCAGUCAGAAAUUAGUUUUAAUCAUUAGACUGCUGGUUCUCGUUUGCAGUUUUCGCGACACUGUUUUAAUUCCGACAGAAUUUCGUAUUUCUUAGUUUCGGAACUCUAUGAGCCGCAAAUGCAUGAAAAUUCGAAGUCAGAAUUUAAUUUUAAUCAUCAGAUUGCUGGCUUUCGCUUGCAGUUUUCGUGACACUAUUUUAAUUCCGACAGAAUUUCGUAUCUUUAAGUUUUGAAACUCUGUGAGCCGCAAAUGCGUGAAAAUUCGCAGUCAGAAAUUAAUUUUAAUCAUUAGACUGCUGGUUUUCGUUUGCAAUUUUCGUGACACUGCGUUAAUUCCAACAAUAAUUUCAUAUCUCUUAGUUUCGAAACUCUGUGAGCCGCAAAUGCGUGAAAAUUCGCAGACAAAAAUUAAUUUUAAUCAUUAGACUGCUGGUUUUCGUUUGCAAUUUUCGUGACACUGUCUUAAUUCCAACAAUAAUUUCGUAUCUCUUAGUUUCGAGGCUUUGUGAGCCGCAAAUGCGUGAAAAUUCGCAGUCAGAAAUUAGUUUUAAUCAUUAGACUGCUGGUUCUCGUUUGCAGUUUUCGCGACACUGUUUUAAUUCCGACAGAAUUUCGUAUUUCUUAGUUUCGGAACUCUAUGAGCCGCAAAUGCAUGAAAAUUCGAAGUCAGAAUUUAAUUUUAAUCAUCAGAUUGCUGGCUUUCGCUUGCAGUUUUCGUGACACUAUUUUAAUUCCGACAGAAUUUCGUAUCUUUAAGUUUUGAAACUCUGUGAGCCGCAAAUGCGUGAAAAUUCGCAGUCAGAAAUUAAUUUUAAUCAUUAGACUGCUGGUUUUCGUUUGCAAUUUUCGUGACACUGCGUUAAUUCCAACAAUAAUUUCAUAUCUCUUAGUUUCGAAACUCUGUGAGCCGCAAAUGCGUGAAAAUUCGCAGACAAAAAUUAAUUUUAAUCAUUAGACUGCUGGUUUUCGUUUGCAAUUUUCGUGACACUGUCUUAAUUCCAACAAUAAUUUCGUAUCUCUUAGUUUCGAGGCUUUGUGAGCCGCAAAUGCGUGAAAAUUCGCAGUCAGAAAUUAGUUUUAAUCAUUAGACUGCUGGUUCUCGUUUGCAGUUUUCGCGACACUGUUUUAAUUCCGACAGAAUUUCGUAUUUCUUAGUUUCGGAACUCUAUGAGCCGCAAAUGCAUGAAAAUUCGAAGUCAGAAUUUAAUUUUAAUCAUCAGAUUGCUGGCUUUCGCUUGCAGUUUUCGUGACACUAUUUUAAUUCCGACAGAAUUUCGUAUCUUUAAGUUUUGAAACUCUGUGAGCCGCAAAUGCGUGAAAAUUCGCAGUCAGAAAUUAAUUUUAAUCAUUAGACUGCUGGUUUUCGUUUGCAAUUUUCGUGACACUGUCUUAAUUCCAACAAUAAUUUCGUAUCUCUUAGUUUCGAGGCUUUGUGAGCUGCAAAUGCGUGAAAAUUCGCAGUC